AUGGGCGGAGGACCAGAGAAGAGCGGAUUCAAGGAUGAAUCAGAGCAGACGCAUGUUGUGCCUCCCAAAAAGGGGCCCAAAUACAUAUUCUCAUUUGGCGACUCCUACACGGCGACAAACUUCGACAUCAAUGGCGAGCAGCCCAGCGCCAAGAACCCCAUGGGAAACAACGACAUAGGAAACGGUCUGACCAGCGCCCAAGGCCCCGUCUGGAUCGAAUUCCUCACGAAAAAGUACAACACCAGCCCGGUCCUGACCUACAACUUCGCCGUGGGCGGCGCCUCGAUCCCAGACAACUACACCGUGCAGAUCCAGGAGAUGUACCAGCCCAAAUACAGCCGCGACAAGUUCUGGCACGGCUCCAACACCCUGUUCACGUCGUGGAUCGGCAUCAACGACGUGAGCGAUGCGUGGAUCAACAAGGACUCGCAGCGCUUGCUCGACCGGCUGGACCAAUGGGAUGCGUUGAUGGAGCAGCUCUGGGACACGGGCGCCCGGAACUUCUUCAUCGUCAACAACCCGCCGCUGGAACGCAGCCCGUUCAUUGCGGGAUUCGGGGAGAGCUCCAUCGCCCUCUACAAGAGGAACAUCCAGAUCUACAACGAGAACCAGGCGAAGCACGUGUCUGCUUUCCGAGAGAAGCACCCCGAGGCGACGAUCCUGCUGUACGAUGUGCAUGCUCUCUUCACGAAAGUGAUGGACGACCCGCAAAAGUACGGGUUCAAAGACGCCACCUCGAUGGACUCGGAGGGGUGCCUGUGGUCUGGGAGUUUCCACAUCCUGACGGGCUUUGACGAUUUCAUCGCGAGAGACAUGGCGAAGACCAUUGCCGAGUUUGACUUUGCAUGA